AUGCCGAAGAUUGAGCUCGGAUACUGGCCGAUUCGCGGCCUCGGCGCGCCCGCGCGCAUGCUCUGCGAGUACGCCGGCGCGGAUUACGCCGACGUGAACUACGCCGACGCGGGAUCGUGGUUCGCGGGGAAGAAACCGGAGCUCGCGAGCGGGAACGCGCUGAUCAACCUGCCGUACGUCGAGUGCGACGGUCAAGUCGUGACGCACUCGAGCGUGGUGCUCGAGUUCUUGGGUCAAGUCACGGGCGUGGACGCGUUCGCGAGCGAGGACCAUAGAUGGGCGAACGCGCAGGCGCUGGCGGAAAUCUACGACUUGCGGAACGCGUUGAUGGGCGUGGUGUAUCCGUUCAACGGCAAGACGACGACGAAGGAGGCGUUCGAAAAGAACUGCGAUGAUCACAUGAACGCGACGGUGGGUAAGUUCUACGCGAAAUUCGAGACGUUGCUGAAGCAACGCGGGAUGGAAUUUUUGAUUCGCGACGCGCCGUCGAGCGCCGACUUUCACCUGUUCGAGAUGCUGGAUCAACACGAAAUCAUCGCGAACAGGCGCGGUAUGAAGUCGCCGUUGGAGACGUUUCCGGAGCUCAAGCGGUACCACGCCAACUUUAAGGCACUUCCGCAGCUCGAAAAGUACUUCGCGAGCGCGGCUUACGCGCUGCCAAUGAACUCGAUAGGGGGGGGAGCGUGGAUUUACUAG